AUGAGAAUUUCCAGGCUCAGCACGACGAGGAAGAAGGCUUUCUCCCACAAGGUCCGGACAGGGUGCAUUACAUGCAAAAGGGGGGAUCGUCAGUGUCUUGGGUACGCGAUUCCAGCGGCCAAGAUCUUCACAUUAGAAAAUCGUGGAGUUUCUUCGUCCAAACGAGGAUUACCGAGUCGGAUCCCACAGACAGCUACCUGCGACGAUGAGCUGCUCCUCUCCAAGACUGUCGACGCGUCGUUCGGCACGAAUGAAGAAUUACGGUCUUUACAGCACUGGCUCCUCCUAACAUCACCCGUCCUGGCCCAUUAUGGCCCACAGGGAGAUUUCUACACCGUCCUUGUUCCCCAGCUCGCCCAGCAAUCUCCUGCCGUCAAACACAUGCUCGUUGCUCUCUCCAUGACGCAUGAAAAGUUCCACACAGGUGUUGUCGCUGCCACUCCUACAAUGACCUCGCAAGCGGUCUCCCACUACAUUGCAGCCAUCGCAGAGAUCAGGAACAAGAACCCUCCAAAGCUCCAUGUGGUCAUUGCUUCCCUUGUUGCGUGGGUCAUAGAGCUGUUUCAGAACAACCUCCCAGCAGCCGUGGUACACCUGCGUGGGACGCUCAAACUUUUGCGCGAAUACAAGCGGUCGAAACCCUCGCGUGCAGCACAAGAGGUUUUGCGGAGUUCCAUUCUGCCCACUUCAAGUCUGGCCAAAGGGUUGACCCAGCUGAUGAUUCUCACCGGUCCGACAUCCGGAGAGAUAGAGCCGGAGUACCAAGGUCAUAUAUGCCAUCCAUGGGGAGGCUCAGCGUUUUCGUCCUUUGUCGAAGGUAGGACCACCAUCUGCCGCUAUAUCGAGCAAAUCGCAGAUACCGAACACGCGUGUGAUGUUAGGGAGAUGGAGAGACUGCUGGGCAACUGGUUCGAGCGCGCCCGACGAUGGGACCAAGAGGCUAUCCCUACAUCCGCCCGGACGGCACUUCUCUUGUUGUUCAACCUCGCCCUGGCUCUUCUUCCGGCCAGUGACGUGGCAGGAUUCAGCUAUGUCAUCAACCCGAGCACAAUCGACUUUGUGGUUGACAAAGCCACUGAACUUGCGAAUAUCUACCAAAAGGUUGAGCGGAGCAAUCAAGAUCUGAAGCAAACGCUGAUUAUCGUGCUCGGAUUUGUUGAGCGUCUCUUUCCAGACUCUCGCAGCCACGGCCAGGCAUUACUGUUAUUGAAUCAGCUGCGUGGACAAGGAUGA